AAGCCGUGUCCCGGUGGGCUGAAACCCCGGAGCUUCAUGGGAUGCCUUAUAAAGCGCGCUCCGCCGGACCGGCAGCGGCUCCGGCAGCUCCCGGUAGGCGCGGACCGGCCGGCGGUGGCAGCAGCGCAGCCCGGAGCCGCCGCGCUAUGGAGCCCCCGGGCACCGCCGGGGCGCCGGGCGCGGCGGGGCGGCCCUGGGAGGAGGCCAAGGCUUUCUACGACAACCUCGCCCCCAAGAAGAAGCCCAAAUCGCCAAAGCCCGAGAAUGCCAUCACCAUCGCGGUAUCGUCGCGGGCGCUUUUCCGCAUGGAGGAGGAGCAGAAGAUUUACAACGAGCAAGGGGUGGAGGCCUAUGUGAAAUACCAGCUGGACCAUGAGAACGAGCCCUUCCUCCCCGGGGCUGCCUUCCCCUUCGUCAAGGCACUGGAAGCGGUGAACACGCAGCUGCGCGAGCUCUACCCCAACAGUGAGGAGCUCUUCGACAUUGUCCUCAUGACCAACAACCAUGCCCAGGUCGGGGUUCGCUUGAUCAACAGCAUCAACCACUAUGAUCUGUUCAUCGAGAGGUUCUGCAUGACGGGAGGGAACAGCCCCAUCUGUUACCUCAAGGCCUAUCACACCAAUCUCUACCUCUCCUCUGAUGCUGAGAAAGUGAGUGAGGCCAUUGAAGAGGGGAUCGCUGCAGCCACCAUCUUCAGCCCCAGCAAAGACCUGGAGGUGUCAGAGAACCAGCUGCGGGUGGCAUUUGAUGGUGACGCCGUGCUCUUCUCGGAUGAGUCGGAGCAGAUCGUGAAGGCUCACGGCUUGGACAUGUUCUUUGAGCACGAAAAGGCUCACGAGAACAAGCCUCUGGCACAGGGGCCCCUGAAGGGCUUCCUGGAGGCCCUGGGGAAGCUGCAGAAGAAGUUCUAUUCCAAGGGGCUGAGGAUGGAGUGUCCCAUUCGCACCUACCUGGUGACCGCCAGGAGCGCGGCCAGCUCAGGAGCCCGGGCCCUAAAGACUCUGCGCAGCUGGGGUCUAGAGACAGAUGAGGCUUUGUUCCUGGCGGGGGCUCCCAAGGGGCCGCUGCUGAAGAAGAUCCGCCCUCACAUCUUCUUCGAUGACCAGAUGUUCCACGUGGAGGGAGCCAAGGAGAUGGGCACUGUUGCUGCCCACGUCCCUUACGGUGUCGCCCAGAAGCACAAGCGGCCGGUGCAGGAGAAGCAAACCCCGAACAGCAAGUAGGGGAGCUGGCUGGUCCCACGCCCCCCGGCGUGCGGCGCAGACUUCACCCCAUGCACCACGCUCUCACCCGGCUUGUGGUCUGCAAGGCGGAGGGCAUUAGCCCUGACGAAUGUGAGGUUAUUCCCCAGUGGGAGCCUUGUCGGGGGCACGGAUGGAGGAAGGGGCUGACAAAAGGCUUCUUCUUGCCUCUGUAUUUGUUGCAAUGUCGUGGCAUUGUCCCCGUUCCUCCUGGGGCAGCCCCUCGAGCCCUCUCUUCCCCUCGCUCUACACUUGCUUCAGGCAAAAUCCCUUAAGGAUGGAUCUGUGGUUUUUUUGUUGGGUUUUUUUUUUUUUUUUUUUUUGUGGACUGUUUGUGCCAGGCAGGUUUAACCUAUUGGCGUUUCUUUAAAUACCCCAGGUAAUUCCUGAAGCCGUUGAUUUGCAAAGCAAAUGUUCAGGCUGAACUGUUGAACUGGAAAGUUGGGAGCACAGAAAAAACCCUUCUAGCAGCUUUGAAACAAAAUGUUGUCCCUUUAAAAUAAAAUUAAACCCUAAUAUUGCUCCUUCACAGAUCCAGCCCCUGCUCCCCAACCAGAAAACCUUCCACAUCUUUCUCCUUCCAUCAAGAUUUUGUCAGCUGAACAGCUUUCUUUCCGUGCACUAAAUUUGGAAAAAUAGAAACAAACACUUUUAUAUAUAUAUAUAUAUAUAUAUUUAAAAAAAUUUAUUUCCUGCUUGGAACUUUGGGCCACUGUAUUGUUGGCCCAGUAUUUUAAAUUUAGGUUUCACAGUCGCAUGAGUUAGCACUUAAAAAUAAUAAUCUCAAUGAGGCAUCCAAAGACCCAGCUCUUCUGUGAGCCGUCCAGGGUCCCCAGACACACGCCUGGGGCUUGAAUUAGGUUAAAAGCAGGCCCUGAUGUAUUAGGGACAUCAUUUGAAGUCCAUUUAGGUAAAUCUGCAGAGAAUUUCAGCCUGGGGGUUUUAAUUAAGUUUUUUUUUCCCCUUUUCUAAGAUGAGCCCAUAUGAGUUGAUAAUCUUUUUCUCCUCAGCUUCCUAAAACCUCUGAUGUUUCCUGAAAUAGACACCUCUGCCAGCGAUGCUGGGAGAAAGAACCAAAUCUCCACUUAAAAAACAGGGAGGGAAAUCAAUUGGAGAGCCGCUUCGAAAUCGGUGUGAAAAUCACACUGACAUUUCUACACAAAGCCCCGGGCCAAAGGACCCUCUCAGGAGGGAAAUUUAAAGAUUACUUCUUCCUUGUGGGAUUUUGUUCUUUCUUUUUUUCAGUCAGCAUACCCUGUGGUUGGGCAGGAUGGAUGCUCGCUGUUAUGAAACAAUAGUUUUCUACACAAACCAAUGCUGUGGGCUGAGUUUUUCCCAGGUAUGUGUCUGCCUCUGGAUGGACUUCGCAGGGAGGUUUCGGCUAAAACAGCUCAGCCCUUCUCAAGUUAGAGCUCGAGUUAUCACACUUUCAAUGAAUAUAUCAACAAGCUAUUGAUGCCUUCAGUGGCUCGGGGGACUGUUUUCUCAUUGCACUAAAUCCUGCUCUAGCAGUGAAAAGCAAAUAAUUGCACUUUCCCCCCCACCCCUCUAAACUAUUUCACUUUGACAGACUGUUAUUUGUCACAUCUGGGUGACAAGUACCUUAAAGAAAGGUCUAAAAUACAACAAACAAACAAAAAGUCUUGAAAGAAACCAGUAUCUCAGUAACGCUUCUAUUAAUAUACAGGUUUAUAAAAAGGUUGUGUCUUUUCAAUGUGAACCCCAGCUAUUGGGAUCCGAACUGUCUCUCGGAGACCUUUUUGGCAGCUGGGAGGGGGAGAGAAGCCUGGCCUCCCAGUAAACAUUUCCAAGGUGUUUCCUGAAGAUCACAUCGGGAAGCCCAGCCAAGCCCAGCUCGCAGACGGGCUGUGCUGGGGCCUCUUGCCAGCCCAGGAGGUGGUGUCCCAAGAGGAACAGGGUUGUCAGCAAGUCCUUAGGGAACCCCCAGCCAGCGCAGGGGUAUGGGGUGCAAGCACAGGCACGGGGGAUGUGUCCUUCGGACAAGGAGUGUUGGCAGGGCUGGGCUGUGCAGGAGGAGAUGCCCCAUCUGAAGAUGCUGUUUGCUCCGGGGAAGCAAUGUGUUGUGAUUUUGGGGCAGGGUCCUGGAUCUCAGCAGCUUUUACUGCUGCCUUUCCCUGAGAUGCACAGGGAGCAGGGCACAGCGCAGACAGGAGUUUCAGUGACUCUCCUUAGGAUCCUCCUGCUGCCAGAGCAGCAUAGGGGCUUGCUGGGAGACAUGGGGCUUGAGAAAGGAGCCCCAAGUGAGGUAGGACCUCCCUUUGCACCUCCUGAGUCCUUCCUGUGGGGGGAGGAUUUUCCAUUCCUGCAAUGGCUGCAUUUGCUUUUAUCCACGUGGCUUCCUACAGGUUGUGGUUUUUUUCCUCCUUGUCACUACAACUGGCAGAUGUGGAUUUGCUGCUUGUGUCCUUUCCUCCUGUGCCCAUCCGCGAUGUCCCCUCAGGCUGGGGGAGCCAUGUGGUCCCCAGGACGGGCUGCAUGGGCUGGUCACGUCUCCCACCCUGAUGGGCCAGUGCGGUUGUGCCCCUUGCACUGCGUUGGCUGACAACUGGACUUUCCCGCUGUGUGUUGUUGCUGUGGGUUUCACUUCAUUGUCCUCUGGUGUUUUGGUUUUUUUUUUGCUCUUGUGAAUGGACUGCCAUGUUAAUGAAAUCCCUCUGGGUGUUUUUCUGUAAUAAACUGUGUUGGUCCCA